AUGCGAGAACGCAUUUUACUAUUAUACGGAUCCGAAUAUGGAACCUCAUAUGAUUGUUGUCGAAAUAUUUAUUACGAAUUGUACACAAGUUUCGAUAUAGAUUUUUUUUCAUUGAAUGACAUAAAUAUUAUUAGUCUUUAUAAAUAUGAUAAUAUUGUUAUUAUUGUUAGUACUACCGGAUAUGGUUGUUGUCCUCAUAACAUGUCAGAAUUUUGGCUAGGUCUGCAUAAUAAUAAUUUAAUUUUUUAUGAUAAUAUGAAAUUUCAUUUAUUUGGAUUAGGAGAUAGUUCCUAUGAUAAUUAUAAUCAAGUAGCUAAGAAAUUAAAAAAGAAAUUAAAAUCAUUAAACGCAAAUAUUGUAAAUUAUAGUCUAGGAAAUUACCAACAUCCAUCUAUGCAUUUUUCUAAUUUUAAUAUAUGGAAAAAUAAUUUAUAUACCUUCUUAAAAAAGAACUAUUAUAAUUUCGAUAUAAACACAGAGGUUCCCUUAUUAUAUGAUGUAAUAAUUUGUGAGGAUAAUCAGAAUGAAAAUCAUGUGAAUAUUCAAAAUUUUAAUAAGAAAAAGAAGAAUAUUUAUGAUAAAACACAUAAGGAGGAAGAUAAUAUAAAUAUUAAUAAUAAUAUGAAUAAAAUGAAAAAUACAACUUUUCUUCUUAAAAAUGUAGAAAAUUUUAAUAUUGAUGAACAUUUUUGUAAAUUAUUAAAUUAUAACAAAUUUGUAGUUACAAAAAAUGAAAGAUGUACAAACAUAAAUUAUGAACGAGAUGUAAGAUAUAUGAAUUUAAUAACAACAGAUGAAUGUUCAAAUAUAUGUGGAUUGAUUAAAGUCCAUCCUUUUUUGGAUAUAAAUAAAACGAAAGAAUUAUUAAAAUUAUUAAAAAUUAAUUACAAUGAUUAUAUUGUAAUAAUUCCAAAUAAAAAUUUAAAUAAUAAAGAAAGUAUCUAUUUACCAAUAAAUAAAAAAAUAAAAGUAUUAGAUUUAUUUAUAUAUUUCUUAGAUCUAAAUAAAAUUGUUACACCUUUCUUUUUUACUUAUUUAACUACAAAAACGUCUAGUGAAAUUCAUCGUAAUAAAUUUUAUAAAAUCUCAGAUACUAUUAAUAUAUCUGAUUAUUUUUCUUAUGUAUAUCAAGAUAAAAGGUCAUACUUUGAUAUCUUGUUCGAUUUUUAUAAUUAUAUUAAUAUAGAUAUUAAUUUCUUAAUUAAUACAUUACCAAAUAUACAGGACAGAAGUUAUUCCAUAUUAAAUAUAUUUACUACUUAUACAAAUAUACAUAAUUAUAAUUUUUUUAAUAUAUAUAAUUUAUAUGUUAGUCAAAAAUUCGUAAGCAUGUUAUAUUUUUUAAAGACCAACAUUAUUUCAAAUCCUUUAUUAGAUAUACAAAAUCUAAAUUCUGUACAAAAAUUACAAAGUCCUGUUACUCAUUCGUAUAGUAAUCAUAUAUCAAAUGAUUAUUCGGAAAAAAACACCGGAUUAAACUAUUCAAAAAUUAUAGGUAAUAUAUAUAAAAAAAUUUUAAAAAGAAUUAAAGGCGAAACACAAUAUAAGGAUAAUACAAAAAAAUGUACAUAUAUGUAUAAACAAAAUAUUAUCGAAUUAUUAGUAUGUUUAUAUAAAAUAGAAAUUAAUAAAAAUAAAACAUUAAAAGGAUUAUGCUCAGAUUAUUUAGUUAAUUUAAAUCCAGGAUCUUUUGUAUAUUCCAAAAUUCAAAAUAGUAUGCUAGCUCUAAAUACAAAUAUAUUUAAUUUAGAUUACACAGUUGUAUAUAUAUCUGUAGGUGCUGCUUUUAGUAGUCUUAUACAAGUACUAAGACAAAGACAUUAUUUAUAUUCGACACAAUAUAUAGAAAGUAACCAUGAGAAAAAUCAUAAUGUAAAGCAAAAUCAGCAUCAUUAUAAAAAUAUAAAAAUAAAAGAAAAAAAAGAUUUGCUCUUUCUUGGAUUUAGGCAGAAAUCCCAAGAUUUUUAUUUUAAAGAUGAGAUGAAAAGUUAUUUAUAUUUUACUUAUAUUUUCUUGGCGUUCUCACAAGAUGUUGAAGAUAAGUUUGUUUAUUAUAAUAUGUUAAACUGUAAUGAUUCUUCAAGGAAAAGGGCCGAAGAUAAUAUAAUAAGAAAUAAUAAUAAUGAUAAUAAUGAUAAUAAUCGUAGUAAUGAUCAUAAUAAUAAUCAUAGUAAUAAUCAUAAUAAUCAUAGUAAUAAUCAUAAUAAUCAUAGUAAUAAUCAUAGAAAUAAUCAUAAUUACUGUUCUUAUAAUAUUUAUUAUGAAAACCAUUUCGAGCAAAAUGAACAAAAUUAUUUUAAAAUGUCCUACGAACAAAUGAUUAAUACAUUACAAAAAAAAAAAAAAAUUUAUGUGACUGAUAUUAUUUUAAUGUUACAAAAUACUAUAUAUGAUUUAUUAAAAGAAAAAAAGACAAUCAUACUUAUAGCAGGGAAAUCAAGACCAUUUUCUCAAAAUUUAAUUAGAACAUUUAUAGAUAUUAUAAAAAAUAAAGAACCGAAUAAAAACAUGGAAGAGAUUAAUUUGUUUAUUAAAAAAAAAAUUGAUGAUUUCUCUAUUAUACUAGAAUCUUGGUAUUAA